AUGUUCCUCCGUUGGUUUGGUCGCUCCGUCCUCCACCGGCCCCCUCCCCCCCUUCCCAAACACAUGCGCCCCCUCAAAACACGUGCCUCGGCUCCUCUCGCACCCCACGACGGAGAGUCUCGUGAGAACAGAGGCACCUUGUCGGACCCAGACUUGGUCCUCGACAGCUUCGAGAAAAUGAUCUUCCGCUCCACCGCGGAGAACUUGUUGCAACAGCAGACGAGCGAUAUGGCCUGCGCAGUGGACGCACAGGCCUCAGAGGGCUCACUCGAGCUGGCUGCCGCGAUCGACACGUUCAACAGUCAGCACGGCACUGAGUCGCUUUGUGCAUAG